AUGUCAACUAUUAAUGACAAUGCGCCAUCGACAGAGACCGUAGCCACCAUUCCAGGUGGGGCUGGUGGUGGGCUGGGCGCCAUUGGGUCCUCCCCGCCGGCCGGUGCUGCCAAGAUGGGCGCCGCUGUUUUAGAAACAGUAGUGAUGAAUGCCCUAGAAAAGGUCUCCGAGAAGCACCGCCGGGACGAUCGGGCCGCUUUGGAGCAGGCCGAUGAGCUUCACGCGGACUUCAUGGCUAAUGAGCAGAAAGUGCCAAGAAACGUGAUCGGUCACCGUCUGCAAGCCUUCACUGGCUUCCAUCUCGGCUUACAGCUCAUUCGCAGCUACCUCGAUGCUGGCUGCUAUGAGAGGGCUGCUGAGUGGACCGACCUGCUCCAGCUUCGCACCGAGAUCGGUAUGGAGGUGACUCACCAGCUAGCCUCGGAGCCCUGUAUAGGUCUGACAGCCGCGGAUCACUGCUUUAACAACAUUAUCGGCACACGGAUCCCAAAAGGUGAAAAAGCGGAGGCCCUCGUGUGGAAACAGAAGGACUGGGCCUUGCGGACGGCUCCGGCGGCGGAGGCAGCGGUGGCGGAUCGUGCGGCAGCAGCCACAGGGGCGGCAGCCAGCGUGGAGGUCAUGAGUAUGGUGGAGGUCGUGAUGCAGAGCGCUUUGAUCGCAGCGAUCGCAAUGGCAAUGGCUGCAAGGAAGGCUGCAGCGGCAAGAACCAGCGUCCUCGCUGUGUUCCGGGUGAGCCUUCCAGUACUCGGUAAUCAAGUUUCGAUCGGAAAUAUCGGUAGAAUCAAGCCACGUAUUGUUUUCAUCAGUAUGUCCUUUCCAUUUGACCAGAAAUCGGUAUAA